GAAAAAUGAACUUCGAAGAGGAUGAGCCCUCUAAGAGAUACUGCAUUAGAGGCAAGCAUGUGGCCAUCAUCUGUGGGGUGGUGGUGGCUGUUGGAUUAAUAGUGGGGCUUUCCGUGGGCUUAACCAGGUCAUGUGACUCCUCUGGAGACAAUGGGCAGACCACAACCCCGGCUCCGGCUCCGGCUCCUUCAAACCCACCUCCCCAGGACCAGGAUAUCUGCCCGGCCAGAGAAGAUGAAAAUGGAGAAUGGAAAAACUUCAGGCUGCCAGACUACAUCAAUCCUGUCCACUAUGACUUGGAGGUGAAGCCUCUGAUGGAGGAAGACAGGUACACGGGCAGAGUGAGCAUCUCCAUCAGCAUAAGCAAGCCCACAAGUAACCUAUGGCUGCACAUCAGGGAAACCAGGGUCACCAAGCAGCCGGAGCUGAGGAAGCCCUCUGGGGAGAAGGUACCAAUUCUACGAUGCUUCGAGUACAAGAAGCAGGAGUACGUGGUGAUCCAAGCCGAAGAAGAGCUUGCUGCCAGCAGUGGCGACAGUGUCUAUGUGCUGACCUUGGAGUUUGCGGGCUGGUUGAACGGCUCCCUCGUGGGCUUUUACAGAACCACUUACACCGAGAAUGGGCAAGUCAAGAGCAUAGCGGCCACUGACCAUGAACCAACGGAUGCCAGGAAGUCCUUCCCUUGUUUUGAUGAACCCAACAAGAAGGCAACUUACAAUAUAUCCAUCAUCCACCCCAAAACAUACUCAGCACUUUCAAAUAUGCCAGUGAUGAGAGAAGAGUCACUGGAUGACGUCUGGAACAAGACCACUUUUUGGAAGUCUGUCCCCAUGAGUACCUACCUGGUGUGCUUCGCUGUACAUCAGUUCACAGCUGUAAAGAGAAUGUCCAACACAGGCAAACCACUCACUAUUUAUGUCCAGCCACAGCAAAAACACACAGCGGAGUAUGCUGCAAAUAUAACUAAAGCUGUUUUUGAUUAUUUUGAAAACUACUUUGGUAUGGAGUAUUCUCUUCCUAAACUGGAUAAAAUCGCUAUUCCAGAUUUUGGCACCGGUGCCAUGGAAAACUGGGGACUCAUCACUUACCGAGAAACAAACCUGCUUUUUGACCCCAAGGAAUCAGCCUCGUCCAACAGACAAAGAGUGGCCAGUGUCAUUGCCCAUGAACUUGUACACCAGUGGUUUGGAAAUAUUGUGACCAUGGACUGGUGGGACGACUUGUGGCUAAAUGAAGGAUUUGCUUCUUUCUUUGAGUUCUUGGGAGUAAACCAGGCAGAAACAGAGUGGCAAAUGCGCAGUCAGGUGCUGCUUGAAGAUGUGUUACCUGUGCAAGAAGAAGACUCCUUGGUGUCUUCACACCCGGUGGUGGUCACUGUGUCAACGCCGGCUGAAAUAACGUCGGUGUUUGAUGGAAUAUCAUACAGCAAGGGAGCUUCUAUUCUGAGAAUGCUUGAGGACUGGAUCACACCAGAUAAAUUUCAAAAAGGGUGUCAGAAUUACUUGAAAAAAUUCCAGUUUGGUAAUGCAAAAACUUCAGACUUUUGGGAGUCACUGCAAGAGGCAAGCGGUCAGCCAGUGAAAGAUGUUAUGGAUACCUGGACUAGCCAGAUGGGCUAUCCUGUGAUCACUGUGAAAGACAGGAAGACGUUAACUCAGACACGCUUUCUGUUGGAUUCCACAGCUGACCCUUCCAAGCCACCAUCAGCUCUUAAUUACACAUGGAAUAUUCCAAUUAAAUGGGCCGAAAAUAACAAUUCAAACGUUGCCGUCUACAACAGGUCAGAAAAAGAAGGAAUCAUUUUGAAUUCUAGUCUUGGUGAAGAUGUUUUUCUCAAAAUAAACCCAGAUCACAUUGGGUUUUAUCGUGUAAAUUAUGAAGCACAAACUUGGGACUCGAUAGCUGGGACUCUGUCUUCAAACCACUUGAUCUUCUCUGUUGCUGACCGUACAAGUUUUAUUGAUGAUGCUUUUGCUUUGGCAAGAGCUCAACUUCUGAAUUAUGGGAAAGCUCUGAACUUGACCAGGUAUCUCAAAUCAGAAGAGGAUUUCUUGCCAUGGCAGAGAGCCAUUUCAGCCCUAACCUACAUCAUUAGCAUGUUUGAAGAUGACAGAGAGCUGUACCCCAUGAUAAAGACGUACUUCCAAGGUCAAGUGAAGCCCAUUGCAGAUUCUCUAGGAUGGCAGGAUAAUGGAAGCCACAUUGAAAAGUUACUCCGUGCCUCUGUGUUAGGAUUUGCAUGCAAGAUGGAAGACAGAGAAGCCUUGAACAACGCUUCCCAGUUAUUUGAUAAGUGGCUACAAAAGAAUGAAAGCAUUCCUGUAAAUCUCAGGCUUCUGGUGUACCGCUAUGGAAUGCAGGACUCUGGCAACGAGACUUCAUGGAACUAUACUCUAGAGCAAUACCAGAAAACCUCCCUAGCACAAGAAAAAGAAAAACUGCUCUAUGGGCUAGCUUCUGUGAAGAGUGUCACUCUUUUGUCAAGGUAUCUGGAAAUGCUCAAAGACCCGAAUGUUAUUAAAAGUCAGGAUGUGUUUACAGUCAUCCGCUACAUCUCAUACAACAGCUACGGGAAGAGCAUGGCCUGGAACUGGAUACAACUCAAUUGGGACUAUCUGGUCAACAGAUUCACAAUCACUGACAGGAACCUUGGCCGGAUCGUCACUAUCGCUGAGCCCUUCAACACUGAGCUGCAGCUCUGGGAGAUGGAGAGCUUUUUUGCAAAAUAUCCAAAUGCUGGAGCUGGAGCACAAUCCAGACAGCAAGUGCUGGAAACAGUGAAGAACAAUAUUGAGUGGCUAAAGCUAAACAGGCAGACUAUAAGCAACUGGUUUGCUGGCUUGCAGAAGGACAGCUAAGGAAUUUCGUCUUGUGUCUCUGCUGUGCUGUGGAGCCUGGGGUGGCCUGUUUUACAGACUGCAGAAGGAGCCUUGGAAACGGGUUCUGCUUGUGCUAAGUACUGUGUUUAUGUCUCGCAAAGCUUUUAAAUUAUUCCUCUUUGUUUUUGAAGGAAGAUACUAAUAGAGUAUUUAAUAUCCUCAGGGAUUUUCGCUAAGUGUACUUCGCAGGAAUGUCUUUGCAAACGGAAAGGUUUAAUAGUCACAUUAAUGUCUUUAAAUAUCAUUCCUUGUAUCUUAAAUCUGUGAAAAUAGAACAAUUUGGUCCUAGCUUUACAUUUUUAGCACCAAAGAAACACCACUUAAUCUUCUCUCUUGAUUGAUUUUUAAAGUUUAAAUACCAGACAUAUUGCCAUUUUAAUCUUUAUUUUAUUAUUCAGAAUUACAUAGACCUAAUAUCAUUUUAUUCACAUAUGUCUCACUGCUUUAAAUCCUACCAAAGUAACCUUGGCUUAAGUUUUGCUCAAGGAUUGAAUGAAUGAGUCAAAGAAAUGAUUGACUGUUGCCUUCGCUCUUACAAAAUCAAUCAGACAAUGCUGUAUUCAUUUUUUAAAAAAAUAAAUUUAAAUUAUUACC